AUGGCGGCCGUCACGCGGCAGCGCAUGACGCGCCUGCCGCCCGAGGUGAACAGGAUCCUCUUCGUCAAGAACCUGCCGUUCAGCAUCACGGCGGAGGAGAUCUACGAGAUCUUCGGCAAGUACGGGGCGCUGCGGCAGGUCCGGCUCGGCAACGCGAAGGGCACCAAGGGCACGGCCUACGUGGUGUUCGAGGACAUCUACGACGCGAAGCAGGCCUGCGACCACCUGUCCGGCUUCAACGUCAACAACAGGUACCUGAUCGUGCUGUACCACAACACGGUGCAGCAGCACAAGAAGGUGUCGCUGGACAAGGAGGAGGAGGCGAUUCGGAAGAUGCAGGAGCAGUACGGGGUGGACGGGAAGCAGCACCCGGAGCGGAAGAAGGGCUGA